GCUUCUUUAUUUCGUCGUAAAAAAUAAACAAACGAUUAGAAAUAAAUUUUCUUUAAAUUCAUUUUAUUCAUCUACGCUAUAGUUUAUUGUCUUCUUUUUGCUGUAAUAAUUUUCCUCAGUUUAUAAAUAAAAGAAAUUAUAACAUUUGACACCGAAAUAAUUAAAAAUAAAACAAAAAUUCACGAGAACUUGAAACUAGAAGAAAAUGACUACUGCAGCCCGUCCAACUUUUGAUACAGCUCGUGGAGGAUCUGGCAGAGGGGAAAAAGAUCUUUCAGCACUAUCAAAACAGUACUCAUCUCGUGAUUUAACAGCUCAUACAAAAUUAAAAUACAGAGAAACUGGACAAGGAACAAGUGAUGAAAUCCGUAGCCGUGACUUACGUAAAGAACUAGAAGAACGUGAACGUGAUGCCUCAAGCAAAUCUUCGAAACAUCCAACAAAAGAAGCUGAAAAAGCGCAAGAAGAAGAACGAAUCAGAAUGGAAAAUAUUUUAUCGGGAAAUCCUUUGCUUAAUUACACAUCAGCUGCUCCUGCUAACACAAAAGUUAAACGUCGUUGGAAUGAUGAUGUCGUAUUUAAAAACUGCGCUAGAACAGAAGUCGACAAAGGUGAAACUUUUAUCAAUGAUUCUCUUCGUUCUGAAUUCCACAAAAAGUUUAUGGAGAAAUACAUCAAAUAA